CUCAUGCUCAGCAGCUCUCACCAACUGGCAGCAAGUAAAGACUUCUUAGGGGAUUUGGAAUAUACUUUAUCAGGAUGUGCGGCAUGGACGUGGACCUGGACGAUGGAGGCUCAGGCGAGGAGGACAAGGAGGAAGAGUUGUGGAUGGGCGAGCGGGUCAAGAUGCUUCCCCCUCCAGUGGCUCACAGUGGAGGCUCGGCGUGGGGCAGCCAGAGAGGACGGUGUGGCUGUCUGGCAUGCGGGGCAGCUCUGGUCCUUUGGGACGUGUCGGUGGUUCUGGCUGGCACCCUGCUCCUGGUCGGGGUUUUCUUUGUGGUGCUGCUGCCUGCCGCGCUGCCGCUCUAUGCAGGGUUCCUGUGCCAUUCCAGAAUUCUGAAAGGCUCGUCAACCGUCUGCGGUUACCUUGACGACAACAGCAGCUCGGCCCUCAUCAUUCUCGGCUUUGUGAUGAUGUCGCCGCUUGUGGUGGCGGCGGCGGUCGUCUUCUGCGGGUUGCUGCGAAGGUUCCGGCUGCUGCUUCUCAUUCAGCCAAUCACGCGUGCACGGUACCGGGGGCGCCUAAUGGACUGGGUGGGGGGCGUCCGCGCUUGGGUCUGAUUGCUGAAGAGAGGAGGGCGAAAUAAGACACAGAAUACAAGGCCCAAAUAAAAGACAGACUAUAAUACACAGAAUAUAAGACACAUAAUAGUAGACACAGGUUAUAAUCUUAAAUCAGACACAUAAUAUAAGACACAGAAUAAUUAGACAUAGAAUAUAGGACAGAACAUUUAACACAGAAUAUCAGACACACUAUAAGACACAGAAUAUAAAACGCAGAUUAUAAAACAGAAUAUAAGACCCAGAAUAUUAGACCCAUAAUAUUAGACCCAUAAUAUAAGACGCUGGCUAUCAGACAGUAUAUAAUACAGACACCAUAGGACAUAGCACAUUAGCCACAGAAUAUAGGACAGAACAUAUAACACGGAAUAUCAGACGGAAUAUAAAACACUCAAACUUCAGUGUUGCCGAUGCAAAAGUUAUACUUUUUACGAAAAAAAAACCUAUUGAACACACAGAAUAUAAGACACAUAAUAUUACAAACAAUAUUAAACCGAAUAUAAAACACAGUUUUUAAAACAAACUAUGAGAUACAGAAUAUAAGCAAAGAAUAUAAAACAGAAUAUUAGACGGGAUGCUAUACAAAAAAAAUACGAUACACACUGUAAAACACAGAAUAUCUGACAGAAUGACGGAAUAUAAGACACAGAAUAUAAAACACAAAAUAUAAGUCAUAGUAUAUAAAACAGAUUAUAAAAUACAGAAUAUAAGACACAUAUUAUUAGACACAGAAUAUAGGACACAGACUAUGAAAUACAUAAUACAGACAGUAUAAAACAGAAAAUAAGACAUAUAAUAUAAGACAUAAUAUAGCAGUGGUCCCCAACCACCGGUCCAGGGACCAGUAUGUAUUUGCUACCGGACCGCACAGAAAUAUUAAUUAAUUUAUGAACUACCGCAUUUUCUCCAACUUAACUGUCUCCUGUCCCACUAAACACCAAUAAGCUUGUUAGUAGGUGUAUAUUACAACUCCUUUGUUAUAGUACAUGGGACAAUGAACAUUAAUGGACAUAUAAAAUGUUAAUGUGCCAGAUUGUAGCCAAAGGAUCAUUUUUGCUGUUUUUAUCUGCUACACGUAGAAAUCCGGUCCGUGAAAAUAAUGCGUACAUUAAACCGGUCCCUGGUGGAGAAAAGGUUGGGGAACCCUGUAAUAUAGGACACGGAAUAUAAAACCCAGACAAUAAAACAUUGAAUAUAAAACAGAAUAUAAGACCCAAACUAUAUAAGACAGAAUAUAAAACAGAACACAAGACCCAGAAUAUAAAAUACAUAAUAUAGGACACAGAACAUUAGGCACGUAAUAAUUAGACACAGAAUAUCAGACAGACUACUAGAAAUGGCAAAUGAUAAAAUGAUCUCUACUUGUAUAGCGCUUUACUAUGCCUGGAAUGGUACUAAAAGCGUUUUACUUUAUACAUCACAUUCGCCCAUUCAUGGCGGAAGCUGCCUUGCAAGGCGCUAGAUACGACCCAUUAGGAGCAAGGGUGGGUCGUAGUGAAAAUAGCAAAAGUAAAUUAAAAAAACUAAUUUAGGAACACAUUAUUGGGGUACUCAGGAGGAACAUAAUAAUGCAUAACAAUGACUAAAAUAGACCUCUGCAUUAAAAAAAAAUCUGACAUUCGCCAUUUAAUCCAUAUUAUCAUGUCAUUGUGUAAUGGGUCAGAGACCCACUUAUAGAUCCUCCUGACCCACCAGUUGAGAAUGACACGUUACCGUGAUCACCAUGGAGACUAUUUGGCUUUUGUUCUCGCUUGUACCAAACAAAGCAAGCACACAAUACCAGGUGGAGGACUUCUAUCAAUAAAAAGAGAA